AUGUCCCUGUCCAGUCGCGAGACUGGAGCCUUGGCACCCUCGGCAGCCUCGGCCUCGCGGCGUGUCUUGCUGGAAAGCUCCAGUGAGUUCCGCCGCUUCCGGGAGCAUCUGGCCACGACGGGUGCCGUGCCCAGCAGAGUCCGCGGCAGCGACAGGAGAGCUUUGCAGCUUCUGCGCGUGGAGCGCUUGUGGCUACCAGCACUGGAGCGGCGAUACUUCGCUGAAGUGAUGGGAGCACUGCGAGCAACAGAUGUGCCACCCGCCUGUGUCGCGCUGCAACAGGUAGAGUCUGUCAGCUCAACCCUGCUGUUGUAUCACGGAUGUCGCUUUCGACAAAUCGACGGCAUUCUGCGAGAUGGAUUUGAUCCAACCUUUGCGGGUGAGAAGGGAGGGAAGCUCUUUGGGCCUGGAAUUUACUUCAGUGACGUGGCCGCCAAGGCAGACAACUAUGUGGACGUUGAUGCUGAUGGCCACCGUUGCUUGAUGUUGGCCCAGGUAUCCUUGGGCAAAGUCUUCAGGGCCUUUUGCCCGAUGCCAAGGUUUCAGCCAGAUGAAGCUGACGUUGACUCUGUGCUUGGUGAGGAAGAGAAGCAUGGCGGUGCUUUGGAUCACCGCGAGUACGUCAUUUAUCGUAAUGCUCGAGUGCUGCCGCGCUACCUUCUUUGGUAUCGUCACAUGGAGCUUUGUGAAUGCAAUCGCUGCAUUCCCAAGCUCGUCCUGCCCCAGCUCCGAUGUCUGGAUGAGGGUGAGAUCUCUUCUGCUCGAGCCCUGGCAAAGUCAGGGACAGAAUCGCGAACAAAGAACUUCGCGAACCUUUCCGGCAUGAAGGAUCGAGACUGCAGUGUACGCAACACUGAACAGAACAUUGCCAUUGCGAGAUUGCAUCACGUACGCUUUGCCGACAAAACUGUUUGA